AUGGAGGUGCCGGGGGAGUUCAACAGAAUCAAGCCCGCUGCUUCCAUCCUGGAGGUCGGCUCCAUCCGCUGCCCUGCUUCCUCCAAGUUAACCUACAACCGACCUAAUGCCCAACCGACUUCCCCACCACCACCCGGGUUACAAUCGGUUACUCCAAAAUUCAGCGCAGCAGCAGGAGUGGCUAGUGCAAGUCAGAUCCUGGUGUCUAAAAUGGUUCGCUCGGUAUUCCUGGUUCGCAGUUUAGGACUUGGUCCUCACUUCCUCAACAGCCCGGAUUAA